AUGCAAGGCAAAAGAGAAGUGGAUGAUGGAGAAGGCGGUGGGUUCUGGCAGACAGCCUCUGACACAUCUGCAGCAGCUGCAGCUGGAUAUUCCAGGCCUGGAGACUGUCCAUUUGGGAAGGGCGUGGGUGGCAGGUUUGCAGACUAUGCAGAGAAGCUGAUCAUGCCGCAGUCCCUGCAGCACUUGCGCCUGGAGGAUAUGCACCCACAGGAGCUCGUGCUGCCAAGCAGCGCCACGAGUGCCAGAGUGGCUGCAGUGCAGGGCCUUGUGCUGGACGGAGUCAUCUGA